AUGUCCAAAACCACCACAACCUACCGCGCCCUCCUCCGCGAACUCCCCCGCCGAAAGCUCUCCUCCCCCACCCCCCUGCACCAGCGCAUCCGAGCCCUCUACCGGGUCCCUAUCUCCGAAACCCAAAGCGCGAGCCAAACAGAGACCGAGGCGCUCCAGAACCGACUCCAUGAGGCAGAGCAGAUGGCGCUGUAUGCGCGCGCGCAACGCACGUAUGCGGCUCUCGUCGAACGGUAUAACCCGGGGAUGACGAUGGAUGAGAAGGAGAAGAUUAGGUUGACUGCGAGGAGGGUUGGGUGGGAUUUGCCGGUUGAGGCUGAAGCUGAGGGGAAGGAGAAGAAAUGA